GGCCACCAAAUGGGAAAGAACAGCUUAAAACGGGCCCUUGAACUUGAUGUCGUUGACUUUGCGGAGCACACGAGUGCUCAUGGAAUUCCUCGAGCAUACGUUUCAACUGGAUGGAGGAGGUAUAUGUGGCUUCUUUGUUUCCUUUUCUGUCUUUCUUGUUUCGGACAUCAAGCUUAUUUAAUUGUGGAGAGGUUUAAUAGGAACGAUAUAAUCGUUGGCGUGGAAAUAAAAUUCGAAGAGAUCAAGUUCCCAGCGGUGACAAUCUGCAACAUGAAUCCCUAUAAAAAUUCGGCGGCUCGAGAACUCGGAGCAAUUCGAAACGCGAUUGAAGCAUUCGAGCUAGCAAUUGAUAAAAGUGAUGGGAAUGCACAUUCAAAAAGGAAAAAGCGAUCAGCUAAUUCAAAAAUGGUCCCGAUAGAUUUACUGUGUAAGGAGGAGCACGGAAUGUUUACUGCUCAUGAUUAUGGGCACGUGGAAUGUACAUGUGUCACUUUUGAGGAUAUGUCAAAAGUUGGUGACACCGACGAUGAUGAAAUAUUCUGGAAUUGUCACCAAAGAAAAGAUUGGACACAUAAAAUUUGCCACUUGGCAGAGGGAUCCAAUCAAUUGAAAACGUGUAAAUGCUUUGAGGACACUUGUGUUUCGGAUGAGGUUACGAAACAACUGGUGUGGCCACUUCAACUUUCCAAAAACGGCACAAAACUUUGCAUUUCCCCUGAAUCCAGUGGUCCCAGAUAUUGUGCAUCUGCUCAAAAAUUUCAAGUAUCCACGUGUAGUAACUGUGAUUGGUUGGGCAAGUGUGAAGAGUCUGAUGAUAUGGAUUUGGAAGAAGAAAUCGACUCAAAAACUUGUAUCUGUCAUCAUGGAAAUUGCUUUCAAAUUAAGGGAAAUGUUAAGAAACGAAAAAGAAGAACUCCCGAGAGGAAAGUCCAUGAGCGUCUUCUCAGUAGAUAUGAGGGUCUACUAGCUGUCUACUCGCAUUGUAAUUGUACUAAACAACAUGGCUGUGUGUCUACUUCGGUACCCGACAUGGAUCUGGAAAACUCCAAUAAAACGUGCCUCUGUUUCUACAAUAAAAAGAACGAACAAAUAUGGCCAUGCUACAAAGAACCGGAAUGGGAGGAGAGGAAGUGCAGCAGAUGUAACACAAUGGGUGACUGCGUGUAUAGUGAUAAACCGAAAAAGCAAACGAUUUCCUGUCUCUGCGCUACUCCGAUCAAAAUGUGCGUGCGGAUCGACCCUCCGCAAACUAAUGAUACAAGUUUAGAUGAUCGCGUAGUCAAGUUUUGGGAUAUUCAGCCAUCAACUACAAUGUCUCCAAUUGUGAAAAAGAAAGAAGAACGGGAUAAAGCGUAUGGGUAUACGGGUGUGAAAGAUAGAAUUGCUCUACGAGCAAAAGCAAUGGAGAACAUGAUUUUUGCUGUCGAUGCGCUGACGGAAGAAGAGAAAUGGAAGAUUUCUUAUAAUAAGUCUGAUUUUAUUAUGAAAUGUUCUUUUAACGGAAGGGAGUGCAAUGUGAAACAUGAUUUCGUGGAAUACCUUGAUCCAACGUAUGGUGCAUGCUUUACAUAUGGCCAGAAGCUGGGCAAUAAUACGAAUGAACGGUCCGGCCCGGCUUAUGGACUUCGACUAGAAGUUUUUGUGAAUGUAACUGAAUACCUGCCAACGACUGAGGCAGCUGGAGUCCGGUUAACAGUUCAUGCAACCGACGAGCAACCAUUUCCAGAUACUCUUGGAUUUUCAGCGCCAACUGGUUUUGUUAGCAGUUUUGGUAUUAAAUUGAAAUCAAUGGUCCGCCUGCCUGCUCCAUAUGGAGAUUGUGUUCGAGAAGGAAAAACUGAGGACUUCAUUUACACUCAGAAGGCCUAUAAUACGGAAGGAUGCCAGAGAAGUUGUAUUCAAAAACAUUUAUCAAAAACUUGUGGAUGUGGAGAUCCCAGGUUCCCACCGUACCGGGAAUCGAAAAAUUGUCCGGUAGAUGACCCCUAUAAACGUGAAUGUAUUAAAAACGAGAUGCACGUGGCAACUCGAGACUCGAAGAAGCUUGGAUGUUCGUGCAAGCAACCUUGCAACCAAGAUGUCUAUUCUGUUUCCUACUCGGCUUCAAGGUGGCCUGCGAUUGCUGGAGAUUUAUCUGGAUGCCCACUUGGAAUGGCUGCCCAUCAUUGUUUGAAUUAUAAAAGAGAACAAGGAUCCAUGAUUGAAGUGUACUUUGAACAACUCAAUUAUGAAUCACUUUUGGAAUCCGAAGCCUAUGGAUGGUCGAACCUUUUAUCUGAUUUUGGUGGACAAUUGGGAUUGUGGAUGGGUGUCAGUGUGAUCACUAUUGGAGAAGUGGCCUGUUUCUUCUUCGAAGUGUUCAUCUCAUUAAUAAGCUCAAAUCGAACAAAACGACGUCCUGCUCGGAAGUCAUUCAGUUCAUCUCUACGAUGUUCAACUGAUUAUAAUUUAAACAAAGACGGGUUUAAUCUUGAUAAUUGAUCUCUUUUUCUUCGGCUCGUAAAACUUUUUUCUAUGAAAAACACAUUUUAUUUAAGAAGAUAGGGUUGUUGUGGUAGAAUCGGUGAUGCGAAAUCCGUCCAUACCGCCCAUGAUGAUCUGAAAAUGUUU